AUGCUCGAUUUCAGCCUCAAUUUUACUUCACCCAAUGUUCACCAUGAGUCGAAAGUUAUAGUAUUAGUGUGUACACAGCCAAACGAUAUCAAUAUUCGCAACACAAUUCGUCGGACAUGGGCAAAUCCGUUGUUUUCAGAGGCUGCCCAAAAUAAAUCCGUCUCCAUUAUAUUCUUGAUAGGCACCGGCUAUAUUUCUCCCGCGGUUAGGUACGAGAUACAAAAAUAUAACGAUAUCCUCCAAGUCGACGUACCCGAUUCAUAUGGCAACCUCGUCUAUAAGAUUCUCGUUGCAUAUCGAUUGAUCGCUGCCAAGUACCCGGACAAGCAUGUGCUUAAAGUUGACUCUGACGUGGUGCUCCUUCUUGACAAGAUGACUGCUCAUCUUGGUAAACCAGACGAGAGAUCUAUUAAGUGCUAUGUGCAUCGCUUCUCCAUGCCGGUUCGUGAAGUUGGCAGCAAAUGGUGGGAGUAUCACUCCUUUUGUUCAUUGAAAACGUUUUCUUUUUCUGGGCUAAUGUCCAUGUACGCUGACAUAGGCUCUCCCUAUCUCGUAUAA